GAUUUACGUACUCCAAGGUCAUACGUUGACAUGCUCAGCACUGCUAGAUUGCAUUAAUAAUUUCAGUUUCCUGAUUUAUGGAUUCUAAUACUGUCACUGAAGAUAACGUUAUUGGAGGGUUUACAAUUAUAAAUGAAAAAGUUAAACCCAAUGUACAAAAUGUAGAAGAAGUCCUCCCUUAUUGGAUUACACAACCUGAGCUAUUUUCACCUAAUCUUAAACAAUCUCAUCCUGUCAGUGAAGUAGCUAAAAUUGGCCAAUUUUUACAGCUUCGAUUAAAUGAAAUCGGUGUCACUCAUUUCUUUCCUGUCCAGUAUGCUGUAAUUCCUUACGUGUUAGAUUGUUACGUCACGUCCGAGCGUCGGCCGUUGUGUCGACCAAGAGACAUUUGUAUUUGUGCACCGACAGGAAGUGGGAAAACAUUAGCUUAUGCUGUACCAAUCAUUCAACUAUUUCUUAAUCGAGUCCAUAGAUUUAUUCGAGCUUUAAUUGUUGUUCCAGUCAGAGAUUUGGCUGUUCAAGUGUAUAAAACUUUCAGUCAACUUGUUGAGGGAACAGAUAUUCAAGUUGGAGUUCUUGCUGGUAUCAAAAAUUUUAGUAAAGAACAAGAAGACAUCAUAGACCUUACAGAUGAAAGUCACACUAUUAAAGUUGACAUUGUUAUAGCUACACCUGGACGUUUAGUGGAUCAUUUGUACAAUACACCUGGUUUUAGUAUGGAACGUUUAAGAAUCUUGGUAAUUGAUGAAGCCGAUCGAGUAAUCGUUGAAGAAAAACAAAAUUGGUAUCAUACUCUAGAAGAUGUAUUGUACUAUUAUACAUCGUCAACAAAUCACAGUAGUUGGUCCAAUGUAUCUGGAUGUAAACGUUUUAGACCUGUGCCAACCGUUGGUUAUCACUAUGAUAGAAGUGCUGAUGUUACUUUACAAAAGAUACUUGUUUCGGCUACAUUGACUCAUGACCCGGAACCAUUGAAACAAUUUAAUUUAUACUUUCCUAUUUUAUUCACAUCAAGUCAAUUGUAUCAUCAUCAUCAGAAUGGCAAUCAUAUUAUUGAUCAUAAUAAGAAAAUAGAGAAUCAUAGUUCAGUGAAAAGCAAAAAUAAGAAGGAAUCAAUGAAAAUCGAUGCUGAAAAUCAAGAAAAUCCCAAUGCUACCGGACCAUUGAACAACACUAAUGAAAAUCAUCCGACGACAAGUGUUGGUCAAUUUGUUAUUCCUGAAAGUUUAGAGGAAUUUCUUGUCACAGCCAAACCAAAUAUUCGUGUAUUAUUUCUUGUGUAUUUGAUUCGACAAAAGCAUAAACAACGUAUUCUAUGCUUUACAAACACCAUAGAUUGUGCUAAACGUUUAAAUAUGCUCUUGUCUUAUUUCAAUGGUAUUCAAAGUAAAUUCUUAUCAAGUCAUUUACAUCCGGAUAAACGUCAAAGAAUAUUGAAUUUAUUCAGUAGUGGAAUGUGUCAAAUUCUAGUUUGUACAGAUUCUAUGGCACGUGGUAUGGAUAUCAACGAUGUUGAAUGUGUUGUCUCUUAUGAUGUACCGCCUAGUAUUAAAGUCUACAUACAUCGAAUUGGUCGUACAGCUAGAGCUGGUAAAAAAGGCACUGCAUACACUUUAUUGUCUACUAAUCAAUUUUAUCAUUUCAAAAAAGAUUUAAAAUCUGUUGGUAGAAAAAAAAUUAAACAAAUACAAUUUCAUCAAAGUAAUUGGUCCACAUUCAAUGCAGAAUAUCAAAAUGCAUUAAAACAUUAUGAGAUGAGUAUAAAAAUUUCAGAUAAGAAAUUUAUCAAUGGUUUUUCAAAACCAGAGAAUGAUACUAACAUCAUUGCAGAGGAGGAGUCAAUACAAAACACUGAGGUGAAGAAGCAUAAACGCAAAAAAACAAAAAACAAAACAGAACACAAUAAUGUUGAAUAAAAAUUCAAACGAAAUUCUAUUGUUGCAGUAUAUAUAGUAUUUGACAAAAUAUCUUGACAUGUAUGUAUAUAUCUAUGUACACAGGGAUUAUUUGUACAGUAGUAUGAGCUGUUAUUUUUUUAAGAACAAAUAAACUACCA